GUGCGCUGUCUCUUAAUCCCAUUUCUGCUUUGCGGCGUCCGGUAUGUCUGCACACGAAUUGGAGGAUUAUAAAACUGGGACCGCGCGCGCUUCAACAGCCUUGCUGAGUUCUUCCGUGGCGCUUUUACUUUGGCACAACCAUCGUCUCGAGUGAGAAAAGUGAAAGUGUCGCUCUCUUUUGUAUUGCCAGAGAAAUCCCCGCCGAGGCCCACUGCAGAUAUGGGGCGUCAGGAGGCCGACGACGUGUGGAAAAAAGACACGCAGGACAUCCAGGAGAUUUUUGACUUCAUGGAGGAGUUGGGAUCAGGCGCCUUUUCCGAAGUUUACAUGGUGAGGGAGAAGAAGACGGGAAGGAGGUUCGCAAUGAAAUGCAUCAAGAAGAAGCAUACCAGGGACCUCAACCUGGAGAACGAGAUUAACGUGCUCAGGAGAAUCAAACAUGAGAACGUGGUGGGGCUGGAGGAUUUCUAUGAAAGCCAGACGCAUUUCUACCUGGUCAUGCAACUCGUUUCCGGCGGCGAGCUCUUUGACCGUAUCCUGGAUCGAGGUGUGUACUCUGAGAGGGACGCCAGUCGUGUGAUCCAACAAGUGUUGCAGGCUGUCAGCUACUUGCAUCAGAGCGGCGUUGUCCAUCGGGACCUCAAGCCAGAGAACAUUCUGUACUACAGCCCAGAGGAGAACUCCAAGAUCAUGAUCAGUGAUUUUGGCUUGUCCAAGAUGGUGGACAAAGGUGUUAUGUCCACUGCCUGUGGCACCCCAGGAUAUGUUGCUCCUGAGGUGUUGGCACAGAAGCCUUACAGCAAGGCAGUGGACUGCUGGUCUAUUGGAGUGAUCACCUAUAUCUUACUCUGUGGCUAUCCUCCUUUCUACGAAGAGAGCGAGACUCGCCUUUUCUCCAAGAUCAUCAAGGCGCAGUACGAGUUUGACUCGCCCUUCUGGGACGACAUUUCCGAAUCGGCCAAAGACUUUAUCCGAAACAUGAUGGAGAAGAACCCCCUCAAGCGCUACAACACUGACCAAGCACUCCGACACCCCUGGAUCAUCGGAAAGACGGCCCGCAGCCAGGACAUCUACUAUUCCGUCAGUGUGCAGAUCCAAAAGAACUUUGCCAAGUCCAAAUGGAAGCAAGCCAUCAAUGCCACUGUGGCCAUCAACCACAUGAAGAAGCUGCAGCUUGCGCACGCCGCAGCCGGGCAGGUCCCCAAGAUUGCUCGUAUCCCGGACAUCCAUGUGGUCAAGGCAUCCUCCCCUGUCUUGCAACACAAAGGCCUAAAUGUACACGAUGACCAGGAGGCCGAAGGGAAAAUGGCGUCUGCGAGCCACAUGAGUCUGCCCGACAGCCAUGUGGACCUCAGGUGCCACUUCCACCCGCUGAAGGCCAACCACAGCAUGGAGCACCCGCCCACCAUCGCCGAGACGGAGAAGUACAUCUUCCACUCGGAACCCGCCAACCUCAACGGAUAUGGCAAAAACAGAAUUGGAAAGACCUUUCAGACCAGCGUUUGCUCCAUCAUGUGAAGCUUGAGUCAAGUUUACUUGGAGAAAAACUACUCUUUCCUUGGUUUGUGUAGCUGUUACACACUGAGCAGCUCAGCAGCAUGCGGCUGUUUUGUCUACAGCGCCACCCGGUGCUGAGAAUGGGAAGUGGUUAACCCUGCCUGACAUGAGCCAUCUGUCUGCAAACUCUCCACUGCAGCCAAUGGGACACAUUUGUCACAUUGGUGUUGUCAUUUAGUUACGAAAGUGCCUAGGAGGCUUUCGACAUACAUUGGCAACGAAAAACAAUGAUCGACAAUUUCUGAUUUUCUGAAAUGUUGAGCA